AGCUUCUUGGCUCCGAACUGAGACCGUCGGAGCGCCUUUGCGGGGGGCGCGCCAUGUCGUAUUCUCCCACUGGCGCGCGCAUGGUUCUCAUGCCGCAAGGCGCAGGCGCCUCCUGGGUGCAGGUGCCUACGGACUCGAGGGCAAGGGCGCCGAGCGUGGGCUCGCAAUCGCCCAAGUCCGCGAAGCGAGUGCAAUGGUCCGACGACGCUCAGAACGGCAACGGACGUGGGCCGGAGCGGGUCCCGGAGAUCUUGACGAGGGAGUCGCUGAAGACUAUGCGCCCCAUGUCCGUUGAGGAGGCCAUCGAGGAGGCCGGUGUGGGGGCGACCCAAUGGAAGCUCCUCAUCAUUUGCGGCCUCACCUUCUGCUCCGAUGCGGCCGAGGUGACCUUCCUGUCCUACGUCACCGAAGUUUUGAAAUGCGACUGGGGCCUCACCUCCAACCAGGAGUCCAUGAUCACAUCCGCGGUGUUUGGAGGCAUGCUACUGGGCUCGCCCAUAUGGGGCUGGAUUUCAGACCACUGGGGCCGGCGAUCGGCCUUCUUGUGGUCUUCGCUGAUCAUCACCACCUUCGGCUUUGCCACGGCUUUGUGCCAGGGAUUUUACAGCCUCAUCGUCAUGCGCACCGUGGUGGGUGUUGGCGUGGCAGGGCUCCCAGUGGGCUUCGACAUCCUGGCGGAGGCUUUACCCAGCUCCAGCCGCGGCGCCUUCCUGCUGUACAUCGAGUACUUCUGGACGAUGGGAAGCAUCUAUGUGAACAUCACGGCCUGGGCCAUGCUGGAGCAGACCGGCUGGCAGGUCUUCACCGCCAUGGCGGCGAUCCCCACGCUGGUGGCCUCCAUUGCAGGGUACCUCAUGCUCCCCGAGUCCCCCCGGUGGCUGGUGGACAUGGACCGCGUCGAGGAGGCGGCAGUCAUCGUGCAGAAGUGGGCCAAGGACAACAAGAGGGACGUGAAGUCUCUGAACCUCACAAAGGUGGCGACCCAUACCGAGAACGUCAGUGUCCUGGACUUGUGCCGCCGCAGCGCGCUGCGGUGGAAGACCUUUGCCCACGGCAUCGUGUGGUUCUGCUUUGGCGUCUGCUACUAUGGUGUGGUGAUGCUUCUGCCGCGCAUUUUUCAGCAUCACACGGAUACGACCGCUGUGUCUGGAGGCCCCGAGACCUGCGACCUGCAUUUUGACAACAAGGACCUCCUCAUUUCCUCCACCUGCGAGAUUGUUGGGGUGGCCAUCGCCAUCGCUAUGAUCGACAAGCCCGGGCGCGUCACAACGCAAGGGAUUUUCUAUGGCCUCACCGGCGUGUGCUGCUUCCUCCUGGGCUUCCGUAACAUUGGCGUCACUUUCCUCACGGUGGUGGCCUCCCUGGGCCGCCUGGGCGCCAUGGCCGCCUCCUGCGCCACCUGGGUGCAUUGCCCGGAGCUCUUCCCCACCACGGUGCGCGGAGAGGCCCACUCCUUGAUGAAUCUCAUGUCCAAACUCGGCGGCUUCCUCGCUCCCUAUGUGAUCAGUGACUUGUUCACCCAAAUCCAAUGCGGCAUCAUCAUGGCCGUGAUCUCCUUCGCUGGCAUGUUCUUUGCCUGCACGCUGCCAGAGACAGCCGGGGAGGAGCUGAGCGCGGUGAGCGAGGUACCCGAAACGGAAUACACCGAGAGCGACCUGGACUCCCUCAGCGGCUUCAGCGAGGAUUGAGGCUCAACAGUCGGCACCGCAGGCUUGGUGAGCUUGCAAAGCCAGUGAAUCCAGCUGCCACUGCAGACAACCUGCUGGGGGUCGGCUCA